GAUUAUUAGACCGUCAAAAAUUCAACAAUAAACAUCAACCAUAUUGCAAUCCAGCACGUUAAUUCAAAAGUGGCGGCGGGGACUAGCUGUCUGGCGCCAUCUAGAGGAACUUCCAAAAAUAAAAUCGCGUUAUGAAUACGUAUUUUCCGGGUAUAACUUCAAUCAGAAAUUCUAUAUUCAACCGAUCGCACAGACAGAAAUCAUAAUCAUCGAUUAGAUCGAACCCAUGGAAUCGUUGAAGGAGGACGAAGAGUACAACUGGAGGGAAGUGAAGCUCCCGUCGCUGAUACCGGUGGUUCCGCCGCCUGAACUGGACAGGGAGACCGGGGAGCGGCGAAGAGGCCGAGACAUAAUCAUUGCUAUAGAUCACGGCCCUAACAGCAAACACGCUUUUGAUUGGGCUAUCGCUCAUCUCUGCCGUCUCGCCGAUACCAUCCAUCUCGUCCACGCCGUUUCCAGCUUGAGAAAUGAGAUUGUGUACGAGAUGACACAAGGGCUUAUGGAGAAGCUUUCCGUCGAGGCUUUUGAGGUUGCCAUGGUAAAGACACAGGCUAGAAUUGUGGAAGGAGAAGCAGGUAAAGCUAUAUGCAAGGAAGCAGAAAGGUUGAAGCCCGCAGCUGUGGUUAUGGGUACUAGGGGAAGAGGCUUAAUCCAAAGUGUCUUACAAGGCAGUUUUAGUGAGUACUGCUUUCACAACUGUAAAGCAGCUCCUGUAAUCAUAGUACCUGGAAAAGAUGCUGGAGAUGAAUCAGUGCUUUAGUGGAUCUAUGGUUGGUAGCUGUAGCUGUUUUAUGUAGAUCAGUGAAUUAUCAACCAAAAAUAUUCAAGUGAAAGCAUGGGGAGGAAUUAGGAGAUCAUUCCAUCCUUUAUUGAUGAAGGAAUUAGAAGAGACAAAACAACUUCUUUCUCUGAGAUUAUCGAUUGCUUCAAAAAUAACCUUUAUGAGUAUUUGCAGAAUAUAAUAAUCUCAUUAUUUCACAUAUUCUUUCCCUGAGAAUUUGAAUCGUAUUACCAUGAUUCGUUUUAGUUGAAUUUGCUCAAAGAUAUAAUGAUUAAAUUUCAUUUAUAGUAAAGUAGCUAAAAACUACUACUUGAUUGGUUGACAUUACAAAUGCGCUAAAAGAUAUUCUCAUCUUUAUCAAAAGACAGGUUCAUAGAAAAUUUUACUAAUGGUAAUGAGUGGUGAAUUUGAUAAGUGAUACGGAGUAUAACUAUCUCAAUUCGGAUGUAUAGGCCAACCAGAAAGUAGUAACCUACUUGGGCUUUGGUCAUUUUAGGAGAAGCAAAUAUAUCUUUUUUACAAGAAUAUUACUAAAAUAAAACUUAUUUACAUAAAUAUGACUAUUCAUUACUACAACGUGGUGUUGUAGUAACUUAAGUUGAAAACUUGAACAUGAAUUAAUAACUAUUUCAUUACUAUGAUUUCAUUACUACUGUAGUAACUAGUCAUAUUUUUAUAAAUCAUUUUUAUUGUGGUCAUAUUCAUGUAAUUAUUUCAUAUAUCAUAGCUUUUUUAGAAAAUGAUUUUUAUAGUGAUUUUAAAAGAUAAAGCUCAACAAUUAAAAUUGAUAACAGUAAAAAGUGAUAACGUUUAGGGAAAAAGUGAUUUAGUUGGGCCAAAAAUGGGGCUAAAUUUUGGCUUGGCUAUUGGACUGAAAAUUAAAUGAGGUGAAAUUCUAUUCACAACCACUUAAUAGAAUAUUAUAAGGUAUAUUUGUUUCCUAUUGUGUAUUAAAAUCUUAAUAUAAAUAGACAUGUCGGGGCUCCUAUUGGAACAGCUUUUCCCGUUUAUUCACAUGGUAUCAAGAGCAUAGGGCUAUUUUUUCCCCCACUUCUCUUUUCUAAAAUUUAGCGCAGCCGCAGUUCUCAUGGAGUCCAGUAUCAACACUGUACCUGUCACGGAGGUUUCCUCCUCCUCCUCCCAGUCCAUCUCCAUUGUUGUCACACUCGUAUUCACGAUUGCGGCUUCUACGGACGUUUCUACCACAACAACGUCAUCUGGCGCCGUGCUUUCCUCCACGCCGCAGCCAGAGUUUAUCAACCCGAUGAUUGAAUUUUCAUCCUCCCUCUGGACGCCAACAAGUCAGUACAGCCUCUUCAACAGCAUCCCGCCGCAGCUUCCAUGGUCACAGGUGGUCCCUCCAGCCAUCACGUGCCCAGUGUCUUCUCCAUCUAACUCUUAUUUUGGGUCAACGUUCGCUGGAACGCCGGGAAUAUUAGACCAGCACAUGAUAAUCUUCUGUUUGGAUCUUCUAUGGUUACGUUGUCGCAAUCCGUUUCCCACAACAUCGCUAAUGUGAGUCAAAUUGUUACUAUCAAAUUGAAGGAUGUUGAAAACUACCUUACACGGCACACACAAUUUGAAUCUUUCCUCGUCUCUCAAGGGCUAUUUGGUGUUGUUGACAGCUUCAUUCAGGUACCUCCCAUGUAUACAGUGAAUUUUAAUAAUCAGCAAAUCAUUAAUAAAGAGUAUUAUCAUUGGCUUCAGGUAGACCAAACAAUUCGUUCUUGGUUGUUUGCUACUCUUUCUCAUGAUGUAUUAACUGAUGUGCAUGAUAUUAAACAUUCAUUUGGUAUAUGAGAUCGUUUGCAAAAAUGUUUUAUGUCGGCUAGUUUACCUCGAGCCAUGGAACUUAAGCGUACCCUGAAUGGAAUUAGAAAGAAAGAAAACCAGUCUAUGGAAAAUUAUCUGCUUGAGAUUAAGAGAAAGUUGCUGAUGCUUUAGCUACAAUUAAUUCCCCUGUGAGUAACAAAGAAUUGUUGCAAUGCACGUUGUAUGGACUGGGACCUGAGUAUCAGUCGAUUGCGGCCACCAUCUCUCUUUUUCCAGUGACUUUACUCUCACCAACACUACCCCGACUUCUCCACCAGUUCUUCUUCCAUAGUUUCUAAUUUUCCAUAUAGGAUUUCCUCACCUUCUGCCUCUACUCGGUCUUCCAGUAUUCCUGCUUUUCCAGUAAGUAAACCCAUCAACCAUCAAUCUCAAACCCCACCACUUCUGCCCCAUGUCCAUGGUCAGCCCUUCAUUCCCGAACUAUACCAUGACAACAGCAGACUCCAUCCCCUGUUGGCCUGUUCGCCCGCCCUCUCCUCCAGCAGUGCCUGAAGCUUCUGCCACCCAACCCGUCUCGGCCCUGGAGUUACAACAGUCCACGGCCGCUGUGUCCAGUUCCUCUAUGUCACAUGGCCAGCUUGCUAAUAAACAUCCAAUGCAAACUCGGACUAAGUUGGGAAUUUUUAAACCCAAAACCAUUUUCAAUCUAAACACUGUUGUGUUAUCAGCUGAUCCUACUUUUUUUCUGAGGCUAAUAAACACUUAAUAUGGCGUGAGACAAUGGCGGAGGAAUUUAAUGCUCUUAUUUCUAAUAAUACUUGGGAUUUAGUUGUAAAGUACGUUCCUACUCAGUUGCAGUUAGCUGACAUUUUUACUAAAGGUUUUUCUAGUCAGCAAUUUAAUUUUUUAAAAGACAACCUGCGCGUUGUAUCUUCCGCACAGUUCGAGGGGGUGUAAUAGAAUAUUAUAAGGCAUAUUUGUUUCCUAUGGUUUAUUAAACUCUUUUAAUAUAAAUAGACAUGUCGGGGCUUCAAUUGGAGCACCUUUUCCCAUUUAUUCACACCACUUUUUUUUCGAAACACGGCCACAUAUUUUAUUUAAUAAAUAAAAUUAUUUUAUCUUCCCCGUUAUAUCCUUUUUUUGAAGGGUCCCCGUUAUAUCCUUCUAGCUCCUAAAGUGAUAGUAGGCCAUAUUACCCAUAUAUGCAGCCCUCGGUCUCCAUUUCACCCUCGUUGUUCCUGUUAGACCCUAGAUUUUGAUGAACUAUUUUGAUGAUGCCAAAAGCUUUUUGUUAUCUCCCCUCUAUUUGUAGCAUUCUUAUAAGUUUGGAAAAUGUAGUAGUCUUGGUUAUCCUCUGCUGUAACAUCUUGAAAUUGACUAGUACUAAGAAAACCUAUCUAGAUGUGUCUUGCUCCUUGGUCCAUUUAAUUAGACAAAUAAAUUUGACUGAAAAAAAACAUCUACCAGUUAAGUUGUACACAAUACCUGCUAAACUUCACAAACUCUAAAAGUGACAAAAACACGAAUGUAAAAACUAUGUACCAAAUUAAACAUACUGGA